CUUUAGUGUGGCUGGCAGGGGUGUGGACGCUGCCAGCGGGUGAAGACCAGCGCCUGCUCCGGUUAGAUAGCAGAGGGCGGAGGUGGAGGGCACCGUGGAUUCAGAGGAGCGUCCCCGGGCUCCUUCCUUGUUGUCUUGCGGUUUAACCACAUGCAGAUGUGGUGUAAAGGAAUUCAUUAGCCAUGGAUGUGUUCAUGAAAGGGCUUUCAAAGGCCAAGGAGGGAGUUGUGGCUGCCGCUGAGAAAACCAAACAGGGUGUGGCAGAGGCUGCAGGGAAGACAAAAGAGGGUGUUCUCUAUGUAGGUUCCAAAACCAAGGAGGGAGUUGUUCAUGGUGUGACAACAGUGGCUGAGAAGACCAAAGAGCAAGUGACAAAUGUUGGAGAGGCAGUGGUGACAGGUGUGACAGCAGUCGCCCAGAAGACAGUGGAAGGAGCGGGGAGCAUUGCAGCCGCCACCGGCUUCGUCAAAAAAGACCAGCAAGGCAAGGUGAUGAGAACUCCUGAAGAAUCACUGUUUUAGAGCAACAACGUUGAACUCUAAGAGACAGCAAAACCGAAGACUGGAAGACAUUUUGAUGACUAAUGAUGCAGAUUUAUGAAUAAUGUCAUCCUGAACCAAAGCAUGAAGCUACCUAUGAUAUAUAAUCCAGAGGAUUUAACACAUUGAAUAUGAAAGUAAUGGGAAGGAAAAAAUCCAUUGUUGUUUAUUCUUCUACUUAUUUCUUUCUUCCAAGUGUGGAUAAGCUCUGUGAACACUUUUACUCAAAGAUUCUGUGCAGUCAUACUUUUCUCCUUGAUGAAACAGAUAAAUAUUUACACAGAUGUGAACACAGUGGUCCUUCUUAUAUGUACCCAGUGGAGGCAUGAAAUCAUGGUCAGUUUCAAAUUCUGUCUACGCAAUGUUUUUUUCCUAUACAACAUACCUAUGAUAGAGAUUAAUUUACAUAUAAUAGGAGAUUACAGCAACAAUUGAUUACAUCACUUAGAAUAAUUAUAACAGUAUACUGUAAUGAAAAUUUGCACUUGGAGGCCAUUAUUAAGUAAAAUAAGGGUCUCCUGAACACAAGUACCAUGAUACAGGGACAGAUGAUGUCAACACAGUGACCAGCGGGAAAGGCAGCACCAAGAUCGUGGACAUCUUGGGCAUGACCACAUGGGAUUUCAUCAUGCCACUCAGAAUGGUGUGCAAGUUAAAAAUGUAUGGAUUGUUUUUUUCUGGAAUUUUCCAUUUUAUGUUUGCAGACCAUAUUUAUUGUAAGGAAUUGAAAUCAUAGAAAGUGAAACUGUGAGGGAGGAGUAGAGGUGGAUGGAUUACUGUUUUAGAAAAAAUUGUAAUGAAAUAAAACUAAUUCUGGAUUGGGGAAAAAA